AUGCUGCCCAGCUCAUCAAACUGGCACUCGACAGAAUUGAAAAAGUUGUCAUUCAGUUCAGAUAUCAAGAAGGCAAGCGCAGCAGUUGACUGUAAAGCUGGAUUAUUUAUUGCAGGAGGGGUAGCCAGUGGAUUCAAUUUGCAGACCAUUGUUACCCUUUACAAAUCUUCAAGAAUAAGAUUUAGUACACCGAUAAAACUUGAUCUGGUGGAACUAACAGGCAAACAGAUCACUAGAUCAACCAGUUUGAUCUUACCAUUUAAGACUCAAACCUGCGAGCCUGAUGUCAAAUGCAAAUACCUCGGUCGCCUAGAGCAUUAA